CUCUUUUUCUUUCUUCUCUUCUUCUUCUUCCUCCUCUCCCCUGCCUCGUCUCUGCUGCUCUCUCUGCAGUCGCAGGGAUCCCGAAUCGGAGCUCGCCCGCGGCUGCCCCGUGGGCCCCGCGCCCCGCCAUUGCCGCUGUUCUUGCCGCGGGGGCGCGCUUCUUGAUCUGCCGAAUUCGGCCGUGGCGCGCAAAGGUGGGGAUUUUACGGCGAGAUUUGGUCCGGGAGGGAGGGCCUCGCCGCCGCGGGAUUCCGCGGGCCAUUUCUGGCCCCGUUUCUUGGGAUUUUUUUUUGUUGGAGUUCUUGUGGUUUGGAUCGGUAGGUGGUCGGGGGUGGAGCUGGAAAAGGUGGUUCCUUUGGCCACCGAAUUCCAGUUCUCUCUCUUUUUUCACAGCCUGUUGGCAUUUUCUUGCCUGAUUAGGUAGGAUUGGGUGUCGAUUUCUGAGCUCGUGGGUGGUGUGGCUCCUGUGCCAUUAGGCUGUGAUCUGCAUCCGGGGUUCGCGCACAAUCUGGGAGUGUGGAGAUUUGGGAGGUUUUCUCCUUCCUGUGCUCUAUGAGGAGCAGCUUCCUGUCGGAAUCGCCCUGCGAUGAGCAGCACAUCCAUGGCUUCAACCCGCAGUCAUGGCUGCAGGUGGAGCGGGGGAAGCUGCCCAAGUCAUCCUACUCGCCUUCCUCCAUUGAGUCACUCAUAAAGAUUGCGGAGCCGCCUGUUGUGCCAUUGUAUAAACCGCUGGAUUAUGUGGAAGUGCUGUCCAGGAUCCAUGAGGAGCUCGAGCAAUGUGUGCCGAGUGAGCGGCCUGGGCUGUAUUUGAUACAGUCCCAGGUGUUUCGGGGCCUUGGGGAGGCGAAACUGCGCCAGAGGAGCCUGCAUUCUGCGUGGCGCUGCGCGACCACCGUGCAUGAGAAGGUUGUAUUUGGGGCAUGGCUGCGGUAUGAGAAGCGGGGGGAGGAUAUCAUUUCUGAUGUCCUCGCAUCAUGUAGGAAGUGUUGCCGGGAGUUUGGGCCACUUGAUGUCUCAUCUGAGAUGCCCGUGGGAGACUUUGAGAUAAUUGGUUCUUGUGAAACAUGCCCAUCCUCACAAGUUUCCUCUAUGGUGACCUUCCAAAUAAGCGAUGGGAAGGUGACAUGUGAUAGGUCUAAGAUUGCUGUUUUAUCGAUCCCGUUUUGGUCCAUGCUCAAUGGACCAUUCACCGAGUCACAGCUUGAUGUUGUUGAUUUGUCAGAAAAUGAUAUCUCACUGGAGGGCAUGAGGGCUGUAUCUGAAUUUAGUUGUACAUAUAGCUUAGAGGACUUGCCUUUGGAAAUCUUGUUGGAGAUCCUGGUGUUUGCAAAUACAUUUUGUUGUGACAGACUUAAAGAUGCAUGUGAUAGGAAACUAGCUUCAUUUGUCUCAUCAAGGCAGGAUGCUGUUGAGCUAAUGGCAUUGGCAUUUGACGAAAAUGCACCAGUCCUCGCUGCAUCUUGCUUGCAAGUGUUUCUACAGGAUCUUCCAGAUUGUUUAACUGAUGAGCAUGUAGUUAGCCUAUUCUUGACUGCAACUGAACAGCAACAACACAUAAUGGUUGGACAUGCCUCCUUUUUGUUAUAUUGUUUUCUUAGUGAGGUUGCUAUGAACAUUGAUCCAAGGACAGAGGCAACUUUGUGCUUGUCAGAGAAGCUUGUUCAAUUGGCAGUUACUCCUACGCAGAAGCAAAUAGCUUUUCAUCAGCUUGGAUGUAUUAGGCUCUUGAGGAAGGAAUAUAAUGAAGCUGAACACCAAUUUAGCAUUGCCUUCUCUGCUGGUCAUGUGUAUUCCAUUGCUGGUCUUGCUAGAAUUGCUGGUAUAAAAGGUAGAAAGGGUUUGGCUUAUGAGAAGCUCAGUUCAGUCAUAACAUCAAGUGUACCACUAGGAUGGAUGUAUAUGGAGAGAUCUCUGUAUUCAGAAGGUGAUAAAAAGUUGGCAGACCUUGACAAAGCAACCGAGCUGGAUCCAACUCUUACUUACCCUUACAUGUAUCGAGCUACAUCCUUGAUGAGAAAAAAGGAUGCAAGACUUGCCUUAGAGGAAAUCAACCGGCUGUUGGGUUUCAAGUUAGCGCUGGAGUGCCUGGAGCUACGGAUUUGUCUGUAUCUAGCUCUCGAAGACUACAAAUCUGCAAUUUGUGAUAUCCAUGCAAUUCUUACACUGUCUCCUGAGUACCGGAUGUUGGAAGGACGUGUAGCUGCUUCCAAAAUCGGAACCCUUCUUGGGGCACAUGUUGAGCAGUGGAAUACCGCUGAAUGUUGGCUUCAGCUCUAUGAGCGCUGGUCAUCAGUGGAUGAUAUUGGUUCGCUUUCAGUAAUUUACAGGAUGCUUGAGUCAGAUGCAGCAAAAGGUGUUUUGUACUUUAGGCAAUCUUUGCUUCUCCUUAGGUUGAACUGUCCUGAGGCUGCAAUGCGCAGUUUGCAAUUGGCAAGGCUACACGCAGCAACUGAACCUGAACGACUAGUGUAUGAGGGUUGGCUUCUGUAUGACACUGGGCACUGUGAGGAGGCCCUGCAAAAAGCAGAGGAAUCUAUUUCUAUUCAAAGGUCAUUUGAGGCUUUCUUUCUGAAAGCCUAUGUUUUGGCUGACUCAGGUGUUGAUCCUUCUUAUUCUGCAACUGUUAUAUCACUUCUUGAAGAUGCACUGAAGUGCCCUUCAGACCGGCUUCGGAAGGGUCAGGCUUUGAACAAUCUUGGUGGUGUUUAUGUUGACUGUGAAAAGUUAGAUGCAGCAGCUGAUUGCUACACAAGUGCUUUGAAGAUCCGACACACUAGGGCACAUCAAGGUCUUGCGCGCGUUCAUUUUCUCAGGAAUAACAGGGAUGCUGCAUAUGAAGAAAUGACAAAGUUGAUAGAGAAAGCUAAAAACAAUGCUUCGGCUUAUGAGAAACGUUCUGAAUAUUGUGAAAGAGAGCAAACUAUGACAGAUUUGCAAAUAGUGACCCAGCUGGAUCCAUUGCGGGUUUACCCUUACAGAUACCGAGCAGCAGUACUGAUGGAUAGUCACAAGGAGAAAGAGGCAAUUGCAGAGCUCACAAGGGCAAUUGCAUUCAAAGCUGACCUCCACCUAUUGCAUCUUCGCGCGGCAUUCCAUGAGCAUAUCGGGGAUGUCCCUAGCGCGCUUCGUGAUUGUCGAGCCGCCCUCUCUUUGGACCCAAAUCACCAAGAAAUGCUGGAGCUUCAGAAACGAGUGAACAGCCAAGAACCCUAACAAAUUGUGGUGCUACUUUCGAUCAUUGUAUACCAUGAUUUUCCUGCUACAUAGGUGUGCUGACUUCAUCCAAUUUUCUUCAUUUCUUUGUCAAUUACUGUAAUAUGAUGUAUUCAGCAAGAAAGGGAAAAAAAAGAACUAGUUCUUUGGAAGCCACCAUCGAUGAAUCUUAGCACUCGAUGCCCUGCUGGCUUUCUUCUGUAAAAGUAAUGCCUAAUCACUGAACUGUUGUCUCCUGGAAAUGAAAAUCCCCGUGCAUAAUGUAACUUUCAGGUCCGUAUUUUGGCUCUGAGAUUUUGAU